CUCCUAAACCAUUACGCAGCUGUCAGAGGUGUCCAACAAAGCGCAGAGGCAACAGGAACGGAAACGAUGACUCAGAUUACUCAGUCUUUUUCACGCAAGAGCAUGUCCAGCUCCAGCUCUCGUCCCUUCUCCUCCCACUCUCUCACCGGUGGAUACUCCAAGCGCAUCGCCGUCGGUCGUGCGCCAAGUGUCUACGGAGGUGCGGGGGGCUCCAGCGUGCGCAUCUCUUACGGACAGAGCAACAACAGCGGUUUCGACCUGGCCAGCGCGUUCGGCGGGGGUGACAAUGGCUUCGGUAUGGCUAGCAACGAGAAAUCAACCAUGCAGAACCUCAACGACCGUCUGGCCACUUACCUGGAGAAAGUGCGCUCCCUGGAGAAAGCCAACGCGCAGCUGGAGCGCCAGAUCCGAGAGUGGUACGAGAAGAGCACCCCUGUCUCCAAAGAUUACAGCCACUAUUACGCCACCAUUGAAGAUCUGCGCAAAAAAAUCUGUAUCGCCAGUCAGGACAAUGCCAGAAUCAUCCUUCAGAUCGACAACGCCAAACUGGCAGCCGAGGACUUCAGAGUCAAGUACGAGAAUGAGUUGGCCAUGCGCCAGUCCGUGGAGGCCGACAUCGCUGGCCUGAGGAGGGUUCUGGAUGACCUCACCAUGAGCCGCUCAGAUCUCGAGAUGCAGAUCGAGGGUCUGAAGGAGGAGCUUGUUUACCUGAAGAAGAACCAUGCAGAGGAGCUCGCAGCUCUUCGUGCCCAAAUGUCCUCCAGCAGCGUAAACGUGGAGGUUGACGCCGCGCCUCAGCAAGACCUGGCCCGCAUCAUGGAGGAGAUCCGUCACCAGUAUGAAGGCAUCACCGAGAAGAACCGCAGAGACAUGGAGACCUGGUACAAGGGCAAAUUCGACGAACUGAACAAGACGGUCACCACCAGACAAGAAGAAUUCUCAAUGUCCCGCACUGAAGUCAACGAGCUCAGGAGAACACUGCAGAACCUGGAGAUCGAACUACAGUCGCAACUUAGCAUGAAAGCGGCUCUUGAGGGCACACUGGGAGAGACCGAGUCACGCUACAGCCUCCAGCUCAACCAGUUGCAGGUCGUCAUUAACGGUUUGGAGACAGAGCUUUCUCGGAUGCGAAUUGACAUCGAAAGACAGGGCAGUGACUACAAACUGCUUCUGGACAUCAAGACCAGACUAGAGAUGGAGAUCGCCGAGUACAGGAGACUUCUGGAUGGAGAGGACAUUCAGAGACAGACAAUCAAAGUUGUAGAGAUUGUAGCUCCUCCUCCCCCCAAGCAUGAACCUGUGGUGACCAAGCGCGUUCGCACCGUAAUCGAAGAGGUGGUUGAUGGGAAGGUUGUUUCUCGCACAGAGGACGUUGACGUCGAAGUCUUGAAGAAGUAAAAACAUCAUCAACGAGAUCCAUGAAGUCAGCGUGAAUUAAAUUCAAUAAAUGAUCCCUGUUCAACACCUCAUGUAAAAUCAAAGAUAAAUUACAUAAAAAAAGACAAGCUGCGAAAUAAAAUGUGUUUGUUCUUUCAUUCUUGGAUGAUUGGAAGGUCGAUAUUUAUCACAAACAACACUGAAAAAAGGAGUUUGAGGUGUAUUAUAUUUGAUUUGACGUGUGUCACAAGCGCCAAAAGACGAGUCAGCUUUUCUUAAGCACAAUUUCAAAGUUUACGCCAGUAAGAAACAAAACAUUCUGUACAAAAGACGUACUCGCUCUCUCACAGACAUACAAACACAACUGUGAGAUAUACAAACAUGACAUACAGUUUCCUAAGUACUUUUCUGACGUUUUAAAAACGCACUAAAACAAAAAUAACCACAGUUAUCUUUUCAGAACACUUUUAAUAUAUAACAUUGUAUUUACAAAUAUUUCACAUAUGACACUAUGUAGUUAAGAGCCCCCCACAGGUGUCCGUAUUUGACAAAAAUGUUCAACAUAAAUAAUUAAACGGCAUAUUUUUCCCCAUCACACAAUAACAGUAUAAAUUCUACAGUAGCACAGCUGACUACCACAGUCAGUUGCAAAGUGCUGUCCUUUUUUCGUUCGUUUUUUCCCUUAAAUACAAAAAUACCACCACUUCCGACGCAACGCCGGUAGUAAAUUUCUAGCUGCUGCGCUAUAACGACGUACACUGAAGCAAAAUCGGCUCACAUUCAAAACGGUGGGCGGGAUUGGUCCUUGACGCCAAUUCGUUUGCGCAAUGGCACCGCAAAACAUCGUACAGGGGGGAAAUGUUCGUUAAAAAAAAAAUGUUCGCAAACAAUUAAGAUGGUGUCGCAUUAAAAACGUUUUGCUCUAGAAUUCAUACACAUCCUUUCCCUUCAGAAUGAGAACUUCAUGUUUUGCAAACUAACAUCAUGUUAAAUUCAUUGAUCAUUAGUAAAAAUGUUGCACUUAUGGUGAAUAAAACGCUAAAGUGG